AUGCUGAAAGUGAAGGCGGAGCUUGGCCCGGCAGUUUGCCGCAACAUGUUGUUUCUGCAUGCCAUUCCGGGUUGUGAUACGACGUAUCGCCCUUACAGUAUUGCAAAACCCGCGUCCCUUAAAAAAUACUGUGAAUCUGUCUACUUCCAAGAUCAAGCGAAGGUAUUCGAUAUCCCAGGAUCAACUCACGCCGAGGUUGCGACAGCGGGAGAGAAUGCUCUAGUGGUGCUGUAUGGAGGAAAACAAGGAGAGAGCCUCGAUAGCCUCCCCUACCGCCGGUACUACGAAAAAGUGGCAACCAGAGGUCAACAGAUACAACCCCAGAACCUUCCCCUAGCAUCCGCAGCAGCCAGAUACCACAGCCUUUCUACAGGUCAAACAGUGGCAGUUUCUUGGUAAGGGGAUGCAGUUUGAAGACAGGGGCUGGAAGCUUAGCGGUAACCAGGUGAUUCACGUGACCACUGAUCUACCGGCUGCUCCAGAGUCCUUGCUCAAGAUGGUCCGCUGCAACUGUGCAACUGACUGUGCCUCUGCAAGGUGCAACUUCCUUAAGCUUGGACUAGACUGUUCUCCCGCGUGUGGACAGUGCCGUGGAACCGCAUGCACAAAUAUCAGUGCCGUUCUUGGUGACAGUGACGAUGAAGAGGAUGAGUAG